AUGGACGGAGAAGACGUGGAUGAGGGUCAGGUCAAAUCAUACCUCCAUUCCCGUUAUGGAGAAGGUGUGGUAGUGGUUGCCACUAAUGAUGGGGAGAUAUCAAAUGAAUUGUACGAAUUUGGUCGAUUUAGCGACGAUAUUCGAACAGUGACCUUAGGGAAGUCCGUCUACAUUCAGUACCGACCGAAAAGUGGUAGGCAUCGGAAUGCUCCGACAUUCCCAGUUGGCACACGUUUGAAGUACGAGAGAAUCGGCAGGAAGAUCGUCAAAUAUGAAGUAACAGGAACAUACAACUUUGUAAGCUGGUGGUUCAAGUUUUUGGAGGUCCACUGUAUAUUAUUUUACACGUUUUUUAGGUAAUUAUUAUUGUCUUUUCAGACAUUUGCUCGGGGCGUAAGAGGUAUAGAAGGAAAUGUAGAGCUAUGUUUCGUGGAUCUUCUGGAGCUUGUCUUACCGUUGAAUGGUAAAGCAUACAUGGUCCCUCCUGGUGUCAGCUUCCAUCUUACAGUUGGGUUCAGAUUAUGGCCGACGCAAGUAAAAUUCAGCAAAAUUGAGUUUUAUGUCGACACAGUGCAUCGCGUAUCAUUCGAAUCGAUUUCGUUUGACGAAAUCGUAAGUUUUUUAUGGUUAUAUUUGUCAAAAAACGACAAAACUCAUUCGUGAGCUCACGUUCUGUAUUUUUUGUAUCUCAAAAUAUAAUCUUGUUACUUUCAGCCGUGGCCAAUUCAUGGAAUCAUAACAUAUCAACCGCUUCCCGACUAUAAUAAGAAGUAUGAACCCUUGGCGUCGCUUGUAAGUUGACAAAAUUCUGUUUUUUAGUGUAUUAGGCCUAUUUUACGUCCAUAAUUUUAUAAUUAUCAUUUCAGCCAUUCACUUACUUGGUGUAUAUCGGACAAUACUAUUUUAUUGGUCAUCGUUUCAAAGAAGUCUUGCUGGUAAGACUGGGCCCCCACAUGGUCGACGUGGAGCUGCAAUUGGGACAAUUCUAUGUUAGCCAAGUCGUUCAAAGUCGCCUGGAUGCCAAGAACUACACUUUCAAACACAUACGGCCAUACUGCGUGCAGGACCAGAAACUGAUGCCCAUCGUCCUACAGACAGUACACGACGAUGUCUGCAGGAUCAUCGACCAAUCAUUACCCAAACCAGACUACCUGCACAAUCAUUGA